GGAAGUUACUCGACAAAUUCUUCCCUUUUUCUUCCCCUCCUCCAACUAUAUAUAGAUGCAAGGCUUCUUUAUCCACUAUCCAGAAAAGAAAAACAGAUACAAAAUGGUUGAGACGGCAAGGUACCUCAUCGGCUCCGCCGGGAGUAGCGGUUUCGGAUCCAAGUCGACGGCGGAGGAGGUCACCAAUGCAUCGCCGGACCUUCGAUCAAUAACAGCCAUUAUCACCGGAGCGACGUCGGGGAUCGGUGCGGAGACGGCACGCGUGUUGGCGAAGCGUGGGGCGAGGCUGUUGAUACCUGCGAGGAGUCUCAAGGCUGCGCAGGAGGUCAAGGCUCGCAUCAAUGGCGAGUUCCCUGAAUCUGAGAUCAUUGUGCUUCCGCUUGACCUCAGCUCGCUUUCCUCUGUUCGCUCUUUCGUGUCCAGAUUCCUCUCUCUGCAGCUUCCCCUCAAUCUCCUCAUAAACAAUGCGGGCAAAUUUUCGCAUAAUUACGCGUUAUCUGAAGACGGGAUCGAGAUGACUUUCGCCACAAAUUAUCUCGGCCACUUUCUGUUAACGAAGCUUCUAAUGGAGAAAAUGGCGGACACCGCGAGGAUUACCGGGAUCCAAGGCCGAAUCAUAAACAUCUCUUCCGGCAUCCAUACAUGGUUUACCGGCGAUGUUCUCCGAUACCUCGAUUUCGUCACCCGCAAGAAAAUACCCUACGACGCCACGCAGACAUACGCGCUCUCCAAGCUUGCCAACGUCCUCCAUACUGCAGAGCUCGCAGCAAAGCUGGAGGAAAUGGGAGCGAAUGUGACGGCGAACUGCGUGCAUCCCGGGAUCGUGAGAACUCGCCUCACCCGAGAACGCGAGGGUUUUCUCACAGAUCUUGCGUUCUUCAUAACAUCGAAGGUUCUGAAGACGAUUCCUCAGGCAGCGGCGACAACGUGUUACGUGGCGGCGAGCUCAGACUUGGUUGGGGUGACCGGGAAAUACUUUUCUGACUGCAAUUUGUCCGCGCCUUCUAAGGCUGCGGAAAACAGAAAGGAGGCCGCGAGACUGUGGUCGGCAUCGGAGGAGAUGGCGGCGAUGAAUCUUAGAUCGCCGGAGAUUGCUGAGGCGAUUUGAGGGAGCCGAAAGUGUAGUAUGUGUAUAUAUUGAACACGUUGUAAGCACGAAUCACGUUCCAGCCUUUGGGUUGAGAAGAACUAUUAG